AGGGGGGUUUAGGUAAUUUAAUGCUUUAUUAUUUUCGAAUUUAUUUUUGUGGUGGCUUUACUGGAAGUUUGAAGAGCAAUGGGGGAGUGGAGUCGUUAAACCCUUUGGGAGUGUAGUUAGGGUUUUGGGGUUGUCUCUGAUAAGAAAACCAAGAAGAAGAAGAAGAAGAUGGGAAGCAGAUGGACAAUGGCGGGUAUGGAAGUUCCAAUCAUCGGCAGCGAUUCCGUCAGAUGGAUAGAACUCUCCCUUCCUCGUUGUUCUGCUUCUGCUAGGGACACUGAUACUGAUAUUGAUACUGAUACUGCUACUCGUAGCCCUCUCAUCCAUGAUUUUGCUUCUUGCUCCGCCAUUGGCGACCCUCCUACUUAUCUUAUUUGGAGAAUCCAUAAAUCUCAUCCUAAUGCCUUAGAGUUAGUCGAGCUCAGUGCUUCUAAAGAGUUUCCGAGAACUGGUUUGCGAAUCACUUUCUCAGAUGCUCUCUCUCCUUUCGCUUUCCUCUGCAAAAAUGAGGUUGAUAUGAACUGUAAGAACCACCCUUACUUGCUUUAUGCACUAACUGAGUCUGGGGUGGCUUACCUUUUGAGGAUAAGAAGCAUUUCCUCAUACUCACCUUCCUCUGUUUUCCCUACGGAUGACUUGCUUAUAGCGUUUGAUAUGCGUGCUUAUGGCCCCAUUACUAGUGCCGCAGUUACGGCCUCGGGAUGUUUUGUAGUUGGCCGGAAUGAUGGGUCUGUCGGUUGCUUUCAGCUCGGCACACUUGAUCCUACUGCUCCUGCUUUUGUGCAUGAGCUACGGGAUGAUUCAGGAAUUGGUCGCUUGUGGGGUUUCAUGUCAAGAGGUAGGGUGGUAGGAGCUGUACAGGAUAUGGUGAUAUCCGAGAUUCAAGGAAAAAGACUUCUAUUUGUGCUUCAUUCCGAUGGGAUCCUACGAGUAUGGGAUCUUUCAUGCUAUAGCAAAGUCUUUAGUCAUACCAUGAAUGUUCCAACAGUGGCAGGAGCUGCAUUAGUAAGGUUAUGGGUGGGAGCUGCACGUGAUUCGAGCAUAAUUCCUUUGGCUGUUUUGUGUAGACAUACUUUGGAAAUUAGCUCAGAGACAAUAUAUUUGUGUAGCCUUCAGUAUAGUAUGCGGGACAGGAUUGCUUUACUGUUAGAUCCUUGUAUUCAAUCUAUUCCUUUGGGUGAGGUGGGAUGCAUUGAUGUUAAACUUACAUCGGAUAAGAUAUGGAUAUUGAAAGAUAAUGGAUUGGUGCUUCGGACUUUGUAUGGUACAGAAGUUGAUAUGGAAGACACGUGCUAUUAUGCCUUGCAAGAAGAGUUUGUUGCUGAUCAGCUAUUUCAAAGUCCUGAAAAUUCUUCAGAUGAACUUCUUUUGAUAGCUCAUUCGAUAUUUUCUUCUGCAAAGGAUCAUAUUGUGCCUGUUGUAUCUUCCAUUUUCUUACGCAGGCUCCUUCAACCUGGAGUUCAUCAUAGUAUUGCUUUGCGUUCAACUUUUCUGGAUUAUAAUAGACACUGGACUGAUUCUGAUUUCCAAACCUUAACUUCGGAUGGAUUGAAGAAGGAAAUUCUUUCACUGAUUGAACAUGAGGGUGUUGCUGAAAAUUUGAUGUCAAUACAUAGCUCUUGGAAAAACUUUUGCACUCGCUACUUCGAUCACUGGUGCAAGUGCAAUGCACCAUGUGGUUUACUUGUUGAGUCCUCAGCUGGUGCAGUUGGUUUAAUCAGAAAGAAUUCAUUUUCUCUGUUUCGUAGUUUGGUGGAUAUUGAGAGGCUUAUCUAUGGAUCUUCUGAAGGAUUUGGUGAACCUGUAAGCCUUGGGUUGGAUUUAUUUGAUGAUGAUCUUGAACAUGAGGUUCUUGUUGAUCUUCUCAGAUGUGUUACUAGUAUCAGCCAAUAUUUGGGUAAAACAGCUUCUUCUAUAUUUUAUGAGUCACUUGUUAGCACACCGGUUAUCUCAUCUGAAGAAGUUCUUCCUUGCAUAUUGAAGUUUCUAGAAACUGGUUAUAGUUCAUCAGUAGCGACACUCAAAUUAUCAGAGCUUGGAACAAAUGUAGCUUGGGAGAAAAAACUGAUGGAUCACAAAAAUUUGAGGAAAUUUUCUGUUGACAUGCUGUUAUCUCUUCAUGCCUUGUGUAGAAAAGCUGUGACAUGGAGCAAAGUUUUGAGUGUUAUUGAGGGUUAUUUAAAAUUUCUUGUUCCUCAGAAAAUUGCACAAAAUUUGGAUGCUGAACCACUGUUAGAUAUUAAUGCCUCUAUCCUAGUCCAGGCUACUGCUCAAGUUGCAAAGAUGAUGUUUGAGUCUGCAUUGGACAUUCUUCUUUUCCUAAGCUAUCUUGUAAAUAACAGCGGGCAGAUCAAUUUAUCACCUGAUGAUGUAUGCAAAAUACAACUUGAGUUGGUUCCAAUGAUUCAGGAAAUCAUCUCUGAGUGGCUUAUUGUUCAUUUCUUUGCCACCACACCAUCUGAAUCAGCAGUAAUUGAAGAUUUCAGUUCCCAAUUAUCACUGUUGCAAAUUGAUAGCAGCUCAGGUAAACGGUCAUGGAAUGAAAAGCUUGGAAAGUGUGAUUUCCCUUUGGCAUUUGUAUUAUUAUUAAAUAUUCGAGUCUUGCCUGGGGAUCAAAAUCAACCUUAUUCAAGAUGCCUUCCACAUGUGCAUGAUAUAAUAAGUUCAAUGCGAACCUUUGCUAGCUGGAUAGUUUGGGGCAAGAGUGGAGAAUCCUCUACUUUCUUGAGUCAUUCAACUGAGCUUGCAUUGAUCUUGCUAAGGCAUGGGCAGUAUGAUGCUGUUGAGCACCUACUCGGUAUGGUGGAGGCACAUUCACAAAAGGAGAAGACAUCAGAAAGUAUUCAAGAUGCUGAUGGUGGAUGGUGCAUACUUCAUCAUCUUCUUGGAUGUUGCCUUCUCGCUCAAGCACAACGUGGAUUGCAUGGAAUGCUGAAAGAGAGGAAAGUUUGUGAAGCUGUUCGCUGUUUCUUCAGGGCUUCAUCUGUAAAAGAUGCUUCCCAGGCUUUGCAGAGUUUGCCUCACGAAGCAGGCUUGCCACUUCUUGAUUUCAGUAGUGUAUCAGGUGCUGCAUGGAAGCUUCAUUACUAUCAGUGGGUGAUGCAGAUAUUUGAGCAAUAUGAUAUAAGUGAAGGUGCAUGUAUGUUUGCCCUUGCUGCGCUUGAGCAAGUUGAGGAAGCUUUAAGUACAAAAGAUGAGAAUCCUGGUAGAGAUCCAUUUAAUGAAUCAGCCACUACCAUCAAAGGACGACUUUGGGCAAAUGUCUUCAAGUUUACUUUAGAUCUUAAGCAUUUUCAUGACGCAUACUGUGCAAUAAUUUCUAAUCCAGAUGAGGAGAGCAAAUACAUCUGCUUGAGGCGUUUCAUAAUUGUUCUUUACGAAUGCGGUGCCAUGAAGAUUCUUUGUGGUGGGCAGCUACCUUUCAUUGGUUUAAUUGACAAGGUCGAGCAAGAGCUUGUCUGGAAGGCUGAGCGUUCAGAUAUUUUAAUGAAGCCGAACUUGUAUAAAUUGCUUUAUGCAUUUGAAAUGCAUCAACACAACUGGCGAAGAGCAGCAAGUUACAUAUACCAAUAUUGUGACCGUUUACGAACAGAAGCGGCUGUGAGAGAUUACCAGCACAGUUCACUAGAUCUGCAAGAGAGACUAAAUGGGCUCUCUGCUGCUAUCAAUGCUCUCCAUCUUGUUCAUCCUGCAUAUGCUUGGAUUGACCCUCUGCGUGAAAGACAUUCUGUUCAGGAUGAGCAUUGUCCAUUAAAGAGGGCUAGAAGAUCAGUGGAAGAAGAAUCAUCAGGCAAUGAUUUUCAGCCUCAAAAGUUGCAUUCCUAUAUUGAUAUUGAGCAAAUUGAGAAUGAGUUUGUGCUAACUUCGGCUGAAUAUUUGCUCUCACUGGCACAUGUCAAAUGGAGAUUUACUGGAAUUCACAAAGCGCCAUCUGAUUUGGUUGAUCUCCUGAUCCACACAGAUUUAUAUGAUAUGGCAUUCACUGUUCUUCUAAAAUUCUUCAAGGGUUCAGAUUUGAAAAGGGAAUUAGAAAGAGUUUUCUCUGCUAUGUCAUUGAAAUGCUGUCCAAAUAAAGUAGAUUCUUCGUGGGCUGGGGAUGAUUGCAGAAACCGUGGUUUUUUAUUGACUUCAUCAAAGGAUGAAGUAGCUGUUCACAGUUCACCAGAUAUGGGUCCUACAACUCAACAAUCUAAGGGGAUUAGUCGAUGGGGAACCCUUGAGCUUUAUCUUGAAAAGUAUAGGGCUUUUCAUGCCAGAUUACCAUUAAUUGUUGCUGAAACUCUUCUACGUACAGAUCCUCAAAUAGAAUUGCCCCUUUGGCUGGUUAAUAUGUUCAAGGAUGGUCAAAGGGAAAGGAUUUGGGGGAUGACUGGCCAAGAAUCAAAUCCAGCAUUAUUAUUCCGCAUUUAUGUUGAUUAUGGUCGUUAUACAGAAGCUACAAAUCUUUUGAUCGAGUAUAUUGAUUCAUAUGCGUCAAUGAGGCCUGCAGACAUAAUCAUUCGGAAAAAGCCAUUUGCAAUUUGGUUUCCAUACACAGCAAUCCAGCGCCUGUGGUGCCAACUUGAGGAAUUGAUUAGGUUGGGUCGCAUGGAAGACCAAUGUGAUAAACUGAAAAGGCUGUUACAUGGAGCUCUAUUGAAACAUCUUGAGCUACUAAAGGUGGACUCCGAGGAUGCAAUUUCUGCUGCGGUUAGAUAAUUUGACCAAAUAUAAUAGCGUGCUGGAGCAGGUGGUGUUAUCUGAUAUAGUAGAGGAAAUAUGGUUGACUGGUUGAGUUGUGGGGGUUGAAGCUGGCCUGGAAGCUUGGAGUGAGGAAGAUUAAUGUGGGAUUGGAUUUGAAAAUUGUGAUCAAUUGGAUCUGUAAUGGCAUUUAUCUGAAUGACCCUUGUUAUAUGGUAUGGUGGUGGGGAUGUAAAGAUUUUUUUCAGAAGGAGUGGGAGACUACCAUCACUCAUGUAUACAGGAAAUGUAGUAGGUUAAGCUGAUUUCCUUGCUAGUUACAGUUUUGAUUGUUGAUUAGGUAUUCGUGUCUUGGAAAAGGUUCCUAACAUGGCCAGCUGAGGAGAUGAGAUUUUGUUUGCUGACUGUAUAGGGACUCCUUCCCCUCGUAAAGUGCCUGUCUAGGUUUUUGAUUCCGGGGCUUUAGCCUCCCAUGUUUAACAACCCAAAAAAAAAAAAAAAAAAAGAAAGAAAAAGAAAAAAAAGGUUGCAGUUAAGUUGCAGUUAACCACUUAGAACAUUAGUGCUGGUUUAUGAAUGCUAGAUAUGAAUCAGUUCAUAGAUGUUGGGCUAUUUGUUUGCCAUUUGAGGCUGCUUAGGCGGCUAAAAAUGGAUAAUGACUAUGAGAUACCUGAAAAAUAGAUGGGUUGUUUAUGGUGGAAACUUGAGAGGUUAUUGUUGCUGUUUGUUGGCGGCUUUUCUCUGAUCUUGUAUGUGUAUUAAAAAUAUAUGUAGCACAGCUUUAAAGUUUGUUUAAAUUGCAUGGAAGGAAUGUCCUUUUGAUUCUGUUA